AUGACGCUCUACUACAGUCUGGUCUUCCUCCUCCUGGUGACGGAGAUGCUCAUCUUCUGCGCCCUCAUCGUCCCUCUGCCCUUCACAUGGCGCCGCAAGCUCUUCACCUUCAUUUCGGAGAGCCCUAUAAUAGCAAAGCUGCAAUAUGGCAUGAAGAUUACGUUCAUCUUCAUCCUGAUCCUGUUCAUUGACAGUGUCAACCGCGUAUACCGCGUGCAGAUUGAGCUCUCUGGCUCAGACGACCAGGGUCGUGGAUCAAGCGUUGCUGCUGGAGGCAUCGAGCGCAUGGAGGUCCAGGCCCGCAAGUUCUACUCGCAGCGCAACAUGUACCUUUGCGGUUUCACCCUCUUCCUGUCGCUCAUCCUCAACCGUACCUACGUCAUGAUCCUCGAUGUUCUCCGUCUCGAGGAGGAGGUCAAGACCCUCAAGGGCGACCCCAGCACCAAGAAGGGCUCUUCGCUGAAGAACGUUGGUGGUGCUGGCGAGGUUGGAGCUCUCAAGGAGGAGCUUGCUGCCAAGGACCGCGACAUGGCGAACCUGAAGAAGCAGGUUGAGAACAUGCAGAAGGAGUACAACCGCAUGGGCGAUCAGGUCUCUGGCAAGCAGUAG